AUGCAGUUUUCAUUCGCUUCUCUCCUCUCGACGCUCUUGAUGAGUGGGCUAUUGGUCGAGGCUAGUCCCUUCGAUUAUAUAUUUGGUAACGGGACAUAUGGGGCCCAAAGUCAGAGUCAAAGCUCUCUUACCAGUGUAGCUUCCCAAGACACCACCAUCUCCAUCGCUUCUGAAACAGAGUCUUCUCAGACUACCCAUUCCCAUCGUUCUGCCACACUAGUCACAGCUACCAUCUCGUCUCUCCCAUCUACUUGGUACGGUGCGGAUUCCACUUCCCAGCUUCCUGCUUCCUCUAGUACACCAUAUGCCUAUGCUAGUAACCAAGACACUUGGAGUUCAUCUGUCAACGCGCAACCAGCAGCCAGCGCAGAUGAUUCAUUCACUGCAGAGUCUAGUACGACUACCAGCUUUACCACUACUGGUUUUAAUGCUGCCUCCGAUGUUUCCGCCACUAACGUUUACACUGUUGCGAGCGCAAACCCUAUUUCAACUGCUGUUCCAUUUACCACCACCCCCGUGGUAGCAUCGAGCACAUCUUCAACUUCUGAAAUUCCAAUCAUUUCCACCAGCACGACUCCUUCGGCCGAUAGUUAUAUGGUUCCAUCGUCAGAAGCAUCCGUUGUAGUUUCAACAAGUCCCGGAAACUCAGAGAGUUUUUACGAGGCUUCGACUACUGAAUCAACACCCCUUGUCGCCUCAGGUAUCAGUACCACUCCACUGCAGACCUCAACAGUUAUUGAUGGUUCCAGUGCUUCUGGCGCAAUGAGCCCAUCUGUAUCAGAUAUUCCUCUACAAACUUCAACAGAGAUAACCAGUACCGACAGUUCAAUCACAACGAGCCUAUCCGGAGCAGCUGUACCACUGCAAACGAGUGGCUCCAGCAGUUUCAGCGUAGUCAGCCCAUCUGAAUCGUCCAUCCCACCACAAGGUUCAUCAGAUAUUACAAGCUCCAGUGACUCAACUAUGGUAGCCUCAUCGCCAUCAUCCACUCUACUACAAACAGCCAGUUCUAGCAGUUUCAGCGUAGUCAGCCCAUCUGAAUCAUCCAUCCCACUGCAAAGUCCAUCAGACAUUGCUAGUUCCGCUAGUACAACUGCCUCAUCUUUGUCGACUAUUCCACUACAAACUAGUAGUUCCAACUCCAUCAGCCCAUCUUUGUCAGCUACAUCAUCUCCAAUCGAUACCAGCAGCUCGAAGACAUCCAUUACCACCUCAAUUUCGGAAGCACUAUCAAGUUUCAUAUCAACAACUUCUACAGCGGAAACUUCCCAAACUCAACUUUCAUCCACCUCUAGUUUGUCUUCGGUGUCUCAAAUCUCAACUGCUACAAGUAUAUUACCUAGUAGCCAAAUCACUACCACGUCAUCACCAUACCCUACUGCAAGCACUUCAUCUACGAUUAUUCCAUCCUCUAUACCAUCUUCAUCUGCGGGAAGUUCGGUUAGCACCGUUUCACAGAGCUCGACCGGAGUUCAAAGUAUCUCGUCACCAUUAUCUUCAUUAUCUUCAACGAUAAUGGAAAGUGCGACAUCUAGUCAAAAGCCAUCCACCACCUCUAUUUUGUCUGAGAAAUCGACCUCAAUUUCUUCUGAAUUCCUAUCUCAAACAACCAAGCAAUCGAGUUCCACCACAACCCCCAUUUUGUCUCAAAAAUCGACCUCAAUCUCUUCUGCUUUGUUAUCUCAAACAACUAAGCAAUCAAGUUCCACCACCCCGAUUUUGUCUCAGAAAUCGACCUCAAUCUCUUCUGCUUUGCCAUCUCAAACAACCAAACAAUCAAGCUCUACCACCCUACCUAAAUCUACAACGUCAUCGGCCGAUGUCCUCUCUCAGGUUUCAAAGAUCUCAAUUACUAGCACAAGCUCAAAAUUGACCAGUUCUCAGACUUCUAGCUCAUUGAAAACUGCUACUACAACUGCUUCACAUUUCUCCGCUUCGGCCGAUAAAUCAUUUUCCAAAAGUAGCUCUGUUAUCAGUCAACAAACUUCUGAGACUAAAAGCUCAAUCAAAUUGACAACAUCCAUGGGCUAUAGCAGUCAGACAACUGCGGCUACUUCAUCACAACCCUCAUCUGUCACCGAGGCAAAGAGUAGUUCUACUUCUACUUCAUCUUCAUUGGAAAUAGUAACAUCUGCUCCUAUCCAAUCAUCGGAGGCACCAUCUCCGGUGCUUACACCAUCUACAUCUUCAGUGAAUGAAGUGCCAGCAAAUACGGACGUUCAAACGAGUUUGACAAUGGAAUCCACGACUGUUUUACAACCAUCAGUGACCAGUAGUACCAGUACUUCCGAAAGCUCGGUCACGUCGAGUAACAACAAUUGGUGGAUUCCAACUAAGCUAAUCACCCAGGUACCAGAGACCGCAUCCUCGGCAUCCACUACCACUGGCGGAACACAAACCAUGACUUUGCCUCAUGCGAUUGCGGCUGCUACUCAAAUACCCGAACCUGAGGGAUAUAGCUUAAUCACAGUUGGAUUUCAGAAAGCUCUAAACUACGAAUUUGUCGUGUCUGAACCAAAAUCAUCGGCCCAAAUUUUUGCGUACUUGCCUGAAGCGCUAAACACGCCCUUUAAGGAUGUAUUCACGAAUAUUACAGUCCUACAAAUAGUGCCACUUCAGGAUGAUUCGUUCAGCUACUUGGUGAGUGUUGCCGAAAUCUAUUUCCCAACAGCGGAAAUAGAAACGUUGUCAAAUUUGAUCACGAACACCUCAAGCUCUUUUUACACAGACGGCAUGGGCACGGCCAAAUCUAUGGCCGCAAUGGUUGAUCCAUCCAUCCCUCUAACUGGCCUAUUACAUAGCAGCAGUAGCGGCUCAACUGGAUCCUCUUCUGGCGGAUCCUCUUCCGGUUCUUCAAAUUCGGGAUCUUCAAAUUCAGGAUCUAGCUCUAGUUCUGGCAGCUCUUCAUCUUCAGGAAACUACCAAGACGCAGGUACCUUGGAAUAUUCAUCAAAAUCUAAUUCCAGUGUAUCUAGUUCCAGCAAAUCGAAGAAAAAAAUCAUUGGCUUAGUUGUUGGUGUUGUUGUCGGAGGGUGCUUGUACAUUUUGUUAAUGAUUUUCGCUUUCAAAUAUUUCAUCAAAAGACGCCUUCAAAACCAACAAGCUAUCAAGAAUCCAGAGACUUCCAGUAUUAGUUCAAGCGAAUUUGGUGGCGAGAAGAAUUUCAAUAAUGAAAAGAGAAUGAGUGUUCAAGAAUCUGUAACACAAUCCAUGCGGAUCCAGAACUGGAUGGAUGACAGUUAUUAUGGUAACGGGUUGACAAAUGAUGACUCGGCACCAGCUAGAAACAACACAUCAACCUCUAUACCCAAAAUUUCAAGGCCCAUCGCCAGCCAAAACUCCUUAGGUUGGAACGAAGUUUAA